CUUGCAGUGAGACUUCCAGCCUCAGUUUCUAUCUGCGUAACACUCGAUACUCUCGAGAGGCGGUUCGUUCGUUAUAUUCUUCGGUGCGUGGCCUCACGUAUGUGCUCGAGAGCGUAGAAUAAACAGCGUUUUUUUUUCGAAUUUUAAACUUUGGAUCGCGCGAAAUGCAUCUGAAGGGGAUUUUCAAAGUUGUUUUCUUGUUGCUUGGAUUUGUCGCUUUAAACGUUCUGGCAUUGACGCACAUUCGCCAUCAUAGAAAAGGGAUAGAAACCAAGGAUAAUGAUUUAAAAAAGGUUCUGGCAUUGGCGCACGUUCAUCAUCGUAAAAAAGGAAUAGCAACCAAGGAGAAUGAUUUAAAAAACACUUUACAUGAAAGAAAAUUCGCUCUAAGGCAUCCCAGUAUUUUGGAUACUUCCUGUGCGCAUAUUACACCGCCAGUAAUAAAAUAUGGAGUUCUGCUAGAAAUAAAAACGCAAAAAAUUAAAAACCGAAAUUCCAUAUACUCCCUAUACAUGUUGGCUGAAUAUCGAUGUCAAGAUGGUACAAGACGCCACCUAUUUUGCAGCAGGAAAAGAUGGAGAGGCCGAAAAACGAUUUGCACAAGAAACUCAAUUGGACCAAAAUAUAUUCCGGAUUUCCCAGUAUAUUUAGGAAAAUGUUCGGAAGAACAGCAAAAGUCGUGCAAACAUUUUUGCGUUUUACUAAAUGGGGAACCAGUUUGUAGCUGUCCAUCUGGAUUUAAACAAACAGGAAAUAAUAAUUGUGCAGAUAUAAACGAAUGUGAAGAUCCUACAAUCGAGGCCAACUGCAAAUAUGGCUGCAUAAAUUACAACGGGUCCUAUCACUGCCUCGAAAACGACAAUCAACUCCUCUCUGAUGAACCCAGCAGAGAAGAAGAUGAGGAAUACGAAGAUGGCGAUGAUUAUGACGAUGGAGACUACGAUGAUGAAGAUUACGAUGAAGAAAGUAACGAUAACGAAGAAAAUAGAGAAGAUAACGAAACUAUCAAUACAAGUGUAAAUGAAGCUGAAGAUGGUAAAGAAAAUGGUAAUGCAGAAAAUAAUCAUUCUAUUGAUGAAAAUAGAAAAGAAUUAGAUAAGAAAAUAACCAAAGAAGACAAUGAUCUAGACAAAAUUUUAACAAGCGAAUUUGAUAAAGUAAAUGAAGAAAAAAUAGGUAAUACAAAAGAUAAUGAUAAAGAUUAUGAUGAAGAAUAUGAUGACAAAGAAGAAGCUGAUAAAGAAGAGUCGAAAGAAAGUGAUAAAACGUUAACAGAAACAGAUACAAUAGCUAAUGAAGUAAAGAAUAUAACCAAUAAAGAAACUACGAUUGAUUAUGAAGACGAAAAUAAAGAAUAUGUUGAUAAAAACGAAAUUAUCACUAACAAUAAAGUUGAAAUAAAUGAAAAAAAUACUAAAAUUAACAAUACUAAUGUAAAUUUUAUUCAAAAAAAUGAAGUAAUUGAAAAUAAUAAAAAUAAAGAAAUUUCUACUGAUGAAAACAAUACGAUUUCUAAAAAAUUCGACAUAAUUUACGACGAGGAAUAUGAUUAUGAUUACGAUUACAGCGAAAACCGUAAAAACAAUACGGUUUUUGGACAAAAACUGAUACCAACUUUUAACACUAACAUUCCUCAAAAAAUGGAUGAAAAAGAUAAAAAAAUAAAUGAAGUAUACGAUAAAAUGACAAUUGCUUAUAAUUAUAACAAAGAAACAGAAAAAAAUGAAGCAACAACAGUGCCAAAUAUUAGCUUGAGUACGACCUCAACUGAAGUAUACUUAAAAAUUAAUACCAAUACUAAUAUAACUGAUGCUAACACAAAUAAUAAUUCUUCUGUUGAAGAAGAUCCGAUUGCAUCUUCAACUACUGAGAAAACGAAUGAAAUAGCCUCCAACAAAAUACCAGAAGCUGCUAGCACGACCUCAACUGAAGUAUACUUAAAAAUUAAUAAUACUGAUGAAAUCAUUAAUAAUAUAACUGAUGCUAACAUAAAGAUUAAUUUUUCUGCUGAAGAUGAUCUAAUUGUAUCUUUAACAACUACAACUACUGAAGAAACUGAUAGAACAACCUUCCACAAAACAUCAGAUGCUGAUAACACGACCUCAGCUGAAGAAUACUUAAAAAUUAACAACAAUAAUGAAGAAAUCAUUAAUAAUAUAACUGAUGCUACAAUAAAGAAUAGUUUAUCUGUUGAAGAAGAUCCGAAUGUAUCUUCAACUAUUGCAACUACUGAGGAAACGAAUGAAAGAACAUUCAACAAAACAUCAGACGUUGAUGCUGAUUCCACAGUAGAUUAUGAUGAUGAUUAUGAUGAAUCUACAGAUUCUAUAUUGAGUACAACAUUAAAAGUUAGUACCACAACCGUUAAGACACAAAAUACAAUGGAACAUCUUUCUAUUAACGUUAUUCGAGACAAAAUUGAUGUAGUUGAAGAAAGUACAAAUGAUAUUUCAAAUAAUUUAUCACCUAUAAACAAUUUUCGUUCAAAAACAAAUAAUAAAAAUAUAACAGAUAUUGUAAACGAAUAUGAAGAAAGUUAUGAUGAUGAUGAUGAUUCUGAAGAAGAAAUGAUUACUAAUAAAGUAGAUAAAAAUAAAACUGCAUCAUUUGAUGAAAUUAGAAAUUCUGAAGAAAAAUUUUCGAAAAAUUUCGUGCAUACUGAUAUUUUCGCAACCAGCACUAGAAGAAUCGAUGAAUUAGACAAAAUUACCACUACAGAAGACAAUAAUUUUGAUAAAAAUAAUAUAGAUAGAAAAAGUUCAAAAGCUCCUAGUACAACCACUGUCAAUUACGAUGAAUAUGACUACGAUGGAGAAGAUUAUGAUUCUGAAAAAGAGGAAAGUACCGUGGUGGAUAAACAGGUGGAAAAAUGUGAAGAAGGCUAUAAAUUAAGCGAUAAAGGAGAAUGUUUAGAUAUCGACGAGUGCAUACCAGAAACCAAUCCAUGUUCCGACAUCUGCGAAAAUACAGCGGGAAGUUACACCUGCACGUGUCCGGCGGGAUUUAAACUAAAUUCGGCAGAUCCGCAUACCUGUCAAGAUAUAGACGAAUGUGAGACGUCACCGUGUUCGCAUUUGUGCAAAAAUAUACCGGGUUCUUACCGGUGCGAAUGUCCUCCAGGAUUGACUUUACAGAACAUGACGUGCGUCAAUUUGACGUGUUCCCAGGGACAAACUAGAGUCAACGGGGUUUUGCAGUGCACGUGCGCACCUGGAUUUCUGUUAGGUAACGACGGGCGAACUUGCGAAGACGUAGACGAAUGUUUGCUAGAACAAAGUUGCGCGCACAUAUGCACGAACGUCAUUGGUUCGUACGAAUGCAGCUGCAGAGAUGGUUACAAACUAGAAAGAGAAAGACUAUGUAUCGAUAUCGAUGAAUGUGCAGGUCUCAGUCAUGGUUGUCAUCAGCUCUGCGAAAAUUCGCCUGGUAGCUACAAAUGCAAGUGUGAAGAGGGGUACGAGUUUAAAAAUGGCUCCAAUACUUGUAUUGAUAUAGACGAGUGCGAUGAUGAAAGAGAUUUACAUGAAUGCAAUCAGCUUUGCAUCAAUUAUCACGGUGGAUACGAAUGUUCCUGCAAUCACGGCUACAAGCUAUCUUCCGAUGACGCUACAUGCGAAGACAUUGACGAAUGUCAAUUGGACAACGCGAACUGCACUCACAUCUGCGAAAAUUUACCAGGAUCGUACAACUGUAAAUGUGACGAAAACUACAUACUACAAGCAGACAAUCACACUUGUAGGAUAUCAGACCCUUGUUUAGAGGACAACGGUGGUUGUUCCCACGAAUGUUCUUCCAACAGAGAUGGCUCUGUUAUUUGUAGUUGUCCUAAAGGCUACAUUUUGGAGGACAGAGAUUGUUAUUUACACGAUCCUUGUGUUACCAACAACGGAGGUUGUUCGCAUAUAUGCGUUAAUGCGAAUAACGAAGUCAGAUGUGAAUGUCCUGCAAAUUACGAGCUGAUAAACAGAACAACCUGUUCUAAAAUUAAUAUGUGUACCAUAAAUAACGGUAAUUGUUCGCAUUUUUGCGAAUUUGUUGAAGAUAAAGUCAACUGUAUGUGCCCCGAAUUGUACAGUCUACAAAACAGUACGCAUUGUAUCGAAAUUAAUCCUUGUUUCAAGGAUAAUGGAGGUUGCAGCCAUAUUUGCACCUUCGAAAACCAUUUACAGACUUGUGCAUGUCCUGAAACGCAUAAAUUGCAUAACAUUACUCAUUGUUUUGAAAGAAAUCCUUGCUUAGAGGAUAAUGGGGGUUGUUCGGAUUAUUGUAAUUUCACUGACAGCAUUUUAUCCUGUUCCUGUCCGAAAAAUUAUUAUCUUGAAGGGAAAACUUGCUACAAAAUCGAUCACUGUCUAAACCACAAUGGUGGGUGUUCGCAUAUAUGUUCGACAGAUCAGGAGAACAACGUUAAAUGUCAAUGUCCCGAUAAAUUUUACUUGAAGGACUCGAAAUCCUGCGAACCUGAAGAUCCUUGCUUGUUAAACAACGGUAACUGUUCACAUAUUUGCAAUUCUAAAAGUGAAUUAAGCCUAUGUUCCUGUCCUGAUGGUUAUAAAUUGAAGAACGCCACGCAUUGCGAACAAUCUCAUUCUUGUUCUGUAAAUAAUGGAGGAUGUUCUGAUAUAUGCGAAAGUAUUUCAGGGACAGUUAAAUGUUCUUGUCCCGUCAAUUAUGAAUUAGUGGAUUCUAAAAAUUGUGAUAUUGUCGAUCCAUGUCUAGAAAUGAACGGUGGCUGCUCACAUUUUUGCGAAUAUCUAGAUGAAGAGGUAAUAUGUUCCUGUCCUGAUCAUUAUAACCUCAUAAACGAAACAACUUGUGUCAAAGUCAGCGCUUGCUUAGUCAACAAUGGAGGUUGUUCCCAUGAAUGUUCUACUGAUGAGAGAAACAACGCUUUGUGUUCUUGUCCGAAAGGAUAUGAACUAACGGAAAAAUCUUGUGUACCGAUAAAUCUUUGCAAUCACAAAAACGGCGGUUGUUCGCAUAUAUGCAGCAGCAUCGAAGGACACAUAGUUUGCAGAUGUCCUCCAGGACACGAAUUAAUUAAAAAAACCUGCUUUAAAACGAAUCCUUGUGCCACUGACAAUGGCGGUUGCUCCCACGGUUGCAGUAAUCACAAAGGCGAAGUAAAAUGUUCCUGUCCACCGGGAUACAAACUAUUCGGAAAAACCUGCAUGGAUGAAGAUCCUUGUACAAAAAAUAAUGGCGGUUGUUCUCACUUCUGUCACAACAAAGAAGGCAAACGACACUGUUCCUGUCCAGCAGGAUAUCUUUUGAGGCCCAAUAAACGGAUGUGCAAGGAGAUCAACGAGUGUAGAGUGGACAGAGGUGGAUGUUCUCAUGGUUGCAAGAACUUACCUGGUUCUUUCCAGUGUACUUGUCCGCAGGGCCUGCGGUUGGACGAUGCGAAGAAUAAGACUUGCAUGGAUGUGGACGAAUGUCUGAAUGAUAACGGUGGAUGCGAGAUGAUUUGUAGAAAUUUCAAGGGUGGAUUUAAAUGCGAUUGUCCUGAAGGGUAUAUCUUGCAGAGAGACAAACGUUCAUGUAGAAUGGCCAAAGUAGCGCUUUGUAGAAUACCUGCAGCUCCUAAGAAUGGUGUAAUAAGAUGUUUUGAUGAAAAUUCAGAAACUGGAUCGUUCGUACCGGCUGGAACAAAAUGCAACCUUUGGUGUAACGAAGGAUACAAGCUUAUGGGGGAUUCCCAGAGAAUAUGCAGCGAUUCGGGAAAUUGGGGAGGCAAGGAACCACAAUGUCUGGUUGCUACCUGUCCCAAAUUGCCUUCGAUCCAAAAUGGCUGGUAUUUGCCAGGAGUUUGCAAUUCUGGCAGGACUUACAUCGGUGAGUCCUGCAGCGUAUACUGCAGGAAAGGUUUUAUGAUACGACACGAUAUAGAAAGAUUUGUUUGUGAUCCAAAUAUGAACUGGAUGCCUUUAGUUAGGCCUGAACUAUUGUACAAUGCAUGUACUAGAAUGCCAGAUAAUGUGCAUAUAAACUGCCCAGAAAAAGGUCAAAUUGAAUUCAUAUUACCAAAAGGACAGAGGUAUAUGUUCACCAAAAUUCCCAGACCCGAAACUAACGUCGAUUGGAGUUUCGUAACGUCUCAGCCAUCUUGGGGAAUACGAUUGGAAACCACGUUGCCGGCUGGAAGAACUGAAGUCCGUUUCAUGGCUUCUUCGCCCACCGAUUUUAACAGUACCUCUUCUUGUCUUUUGGUUAUUAACGUAUUGGACAAGGAGGCUCCGUAUAUGUCGGGAUGUCCUAGAAACAUCGAAAGGAAGCUAGCAAUAGGCGAAUCCACUCAAAUUGUUUAUUGGAAGGAACCCGAUUUCUUUGAUAAUGUUGGUGUUGUAAACGUUUAUAAAACCAGAGAACCUGGAAGUGAGUUUGGGUCAGGAUUACAUCACAUUACUUACGUAGCUAGUGAUGAAGCUGGCAACAGGGCUUUCUGCCAUUUCAGCAUAGAUAUAAGAGACGAUUUGGACAAUAAUGAGCAAUCCAAUUCAAUUGAACAAUACAGUUCAGCUACCUAUACAAGUCACAGAACUGCAGGAAAGUAUAGAGCUGUACUAAUUUGCCCCAGUGGAGUGCAAUUUACAGCAGAUAGAUAUAAUAACAUAAUAACGAGUCAAGCAGGCUGUUACUGGAGACACGUUAAAGUGACGAAACCGAUAGAACCGCAAAAUUUCUUAGUACCCAAAGUGUAUACGCAAAGCAGGCUACCACCCAACGUAAGAAGUAACCGAAGAGUGUUCUUCAAAUGGAAUCGAUGA